AACUAGCUCGCUAGAGAUAACAAACAACAUGGCACAAGUUCCUCCUUCCUCCGGAUCAAUCGUAGUAGCUGACUGGCAUCGAUGUAAAGACAGCAAAGAAUAUUUCAGCAAAAUUCUACACAAGAAGAGACGCAAACACUUCGGCCUGUUGGAGUCUCCGGUGAUGCCCCCACACGUAGCUGUGGACACAGUUCACUAUAAGAUAUUCAUCUGUGGCAAGAGUGGAGUCGGGAAAACUGCUCUUGCUGCACGUCUUGCAGGCCUGAAUAUUCCUAACAUGCACUAUGAAACCACAGGUAUUGAGACGACAACGGUGUAUUGGCCAGUGAAGCUGAGAGAAAAUGGCAGAGUGCUUUUCUUCCGUCUGCAGCUGUGGGACUGUGGAGAGAAUGUCUUGCGUAGAUUUGACCAUUUGCUGCCAGCCUGUAAGGAGCAGGUGGACGCCGUCCUUUUCCUGUUCUCCUUCACUGACAGGACAUCCUUCGAUGAUCUGUCAAAUCAAAUUGCUAAAUGGACUGGGACACCUGAGGGUCGUGUUGUGAAAUUGGUAGUUGGCACCAAAUUUGACCUUUUCAUGCACUGUGAUGUGGCUGAGAGAGACGUGAGGGACUUCCAGGAGACAUGGAGCUUACCGGUGCUGCGUGUAGGCGGGGAGGUCAGUGACGGGCUGGGUGAUGUAGCCCCCCUCCUCAACUGCCUGGCAGAGAGCCUGUGGCAUCAGGACUGUGUUUCAGCCAGCCACCAUUAACAGCAGGAGACAGAGACUUUAAUACCGAAAAUGAUUUUAAAGAGGCAGUUGAGGUUAACUGGGAGGUUCACCCCUGGGUGUCUGCCUUUGAGGGAUUGCACUUAGCAGCCGAUCUGGGAGUGCUUCCGAUUUCUCAGGAUGAGAUGGAGGCUGCUGUUGAGAUAGAUGGACCAUUCCCUCUGACACUAGAAUGACUGCUGUCAAGAUGGAUUUUUGAUUCUGAAAGGUCUUAAAUUCUCCCGUGCUAUGUCAGCAGGGUGUUGAAUCAAUCGUGUUACGGGUAUGUCCCAUAGCACUUUUGCCACACAAUUGCCUCCUUGAAGCCUCCACUUGCUUCCCUUCCUCCUGUCAAGAGGAGACAAGUAAGUGUUUCAGAGGGAUGAGACGUCCUUUCCUCUGAAGCGUCACAUGAAUUUGUCAGCUGUUGGGGCGUUAGCAACUUCUUCAGCUGCACGGCUUCCAGGAAGGCUGCGCUCGUGUGUCCUCGCCUCGAUGCUCGGUCCUCGGUGCAGCUUUGAGACAGCCUUCACCGAGGAGGGACAGAACAACUUCCGGUUCAGCCGAGGAAUCGGCGAGCUAACAAAUAAGGGUGAUGAGAUUCAGCCAGUCUGGGACUUUGGUUAUAUUAACAUGCAGAAGUUUGCAUUUUUUGUGUUCUCCCUGCCAUUGAGUGCCAGUUAAGUUCUCACUUUUAUGCAUUAAAUAGCACAAAAAAACAGUUUCACUUUGUUUGAGACACCCCCCCCACAGAUUCCUGUUAACAUCUAAAAAGCACCAAAAAUGUUAAAACAGUGUGUUAAAUAUUUUUAUGUCAGAAGAUCAGGGACUGUUUUUUACCAGCUUCAAUUGGUGUAGUGGAAUGGCUUCGAAUGACGACCAAAAAUACUUGUCUUUUACUGUGAACAGUUAUUGUUCACUAUGCUGCAGUUUUAUGAACAAGAAACAACUUAGGCCUGGUGGACACGUUUUUGGAGGCAUUUUUGUUGCAUUAGGCUGAUCUAACAAAGUCAGACCUUUGUUUUAUUAAAAAAAAAUAUAUAAAGUGCACAUUGCUUAAAAGAAGUCAGCAUUUUAAUACAAGUGUGUGUAAAAAAAAAAAAAAA